AUGAUAACAUCCAUAGAUGUUAUACAUGAAUUAUUAACGACAAUAUAUUAUAACAUUUUUUCAAGAAAUAGAAAUAAUAUAAAUAAAUUUGAUGUAUUAUUAUAUUUAGAUGAUUAUUAUUAUUUUGAUAUAUUAAAAAAGGUAAGUGAAGAUAUAAAAGAUUUAGAUAAUAGUUCGAUUAUAAUAGAAAAAGAAGAUUUUAAUACAAUUUUUAAUAACUUUAGUUCAAGAAGAAAUUAUAUUAUAAAAAGUAAGGUAUAUUCUAAUGAUAAUGAAAAGAGAAUAGAUUUUCUUCAUGAAUUACUUUGUGAUUUAUUAUGCCUAUUAUAUAAAAAUAAAAGCAUUAAAAAAAAUAGAAUAAUACCAAAAAUAUAUAAUUCAGGAAAAAAUGAAAAAUGGAAAAAUAUUGAAAAUCAUUUAUUAAGUAUUGCAAAAUUAAAUAACAAAAACAUUUCCAAAAUAAAUGAAAAAAGUAUGGUUGAUAUUUUAGAUAUAAAUAUUGAAAAUUUUAAAAAUGAAGAUAUAAUAAUUCAAAAAAAAGUAAAUAAAGAUACUGAGAAAAUAUUAAAUACAUUAAUAGAUAAAUACAAUGCAGAAUAUGAAUUAAGAUUUUAUUAUAUAUUUUUAAAUUAUAAUCUCACAAUUCAAACUAUGUUAACGUCUAAUUUAGUUAAUUUGUAUUCAAAAGAAGUAAAAAAUAUAAUUAAAAAUGUUAUAGAAAUUAAAAAAGAAAAAUAUCAACCAAUAAAUAUAUAUGAUGUUCUAUCAUUUCAGUACAAUCAAAUAAAAUUUAAUAAAAGUUCCCAAGAUAAUUUAAUAACACCAGUAAAAAAAAUUCAAAUAAUGAGUGAUAUAGUUGAAAGAGGAGGAAUACCUACAGAAUUUUCAAAAAAAGUUAUUUUAAAAGACGUAAUGAAUGCAAAUUAUUCUUUAAAAGAAAAAUAUAACAAAAGCAGAAACCAAAAUGAAUAUUUUAAUGGAAAGAAAUAUAAAGUUCGCAAUUAUUAUGAGUCUUCAAGAAGAUAA